AUGACUAGGACAGUCUACCACGAUGUCGGGACCGGCCCCAUAGCGCGAGACCACAGCGACGGCAGCCUGUCUCGUGAUUGGCCAAGGGCUUAUUUCUUUCCCAAGAUCAACAUGGGCUCUCUUGCGUCCGAUGCCUCCCCUUUCGAGUCAGUCGAAUACAUCCCACCAGAUGCCAUCUUCGACCUGACCCGACUGUAUCUUGCGGACCCAGACGCCCGCAAGGUCAACCUGGGCCAGGGCACAUACAAGGACGAACAGGGCAACCCGUGGAUCCUGCCUUCAGUCCGCGCAGCCAAGGAGACGAUCAGAGAUGCGAACCACGAGUAUCUCCCGAUCCUGGGGCUGGCAUCGUUCCGGGCUCUAGCUACUCAGCUGGUGUACGGAGAGAAGUCAACAGCGAUCAGUGAAGAAAGGGUCGCCGCAUGCCAGGCCCUAUCAGUAACUGGUGCUCUCUCCCUGGCUGGCUCCUUUUUGCACCAAACGCUGCCUGCAGGCACGCCCGUCUACAUCACCGAGCCAACCUGGUCGAACCACCGUCAGGUCUUUGAGGCGGCUGGCUUCGAGGUCCAGUACUCGGCCGAGACGGGCCGCCUGGACCUCACGUCCGUUCUGGACGCCCUCUCGCAGGCGCCACCGCAGUCUGUCCUUGUGCUUCAUGCCAGCGCGCACAAUCCCAGCGGCUGUGACCAAAGUAAGGAGGAAUGGAAGCAAAUAGCCGAUAUCGUCAAAGAGAGGCGGGUCCUACCGCUGUUUGAUUCGGCAUACCUGGGCAUCACAUCUGGAAGCUAUGCUGACGAUGCGUUCGCCAUCCGAUAUUUCGUCGACGAGCUGGGCCUGGAGACGAUCGUCUGCGCGUCUUUUGCCAAGAAUAUGGGCUUGUACGGCGAGAGUGUUGGUCAUGUGUCCAUUGUAACUAAAUCCGCCAGUUCAGCCAAAGCAGUCGAGUCCAGGCUUGCUCAGAUAACUCGGGCUCACAUCUCCAACCCACCAGCCUUUGGUGCGCGAAUAGCGGCGGCCAUUCUCGGGGACAGCCAGCUGCGCGCACAGUGGGACCGAGACCUCGUCACGAUGAGCUCCCGCAUUGCUGGCAUGAGAGAGGCGCUGUACAAGGAAUAA